AAGAAGAGGACAAACCAAAAGAGGAGAAACAAGAGGAAAAGGUAAAACACUUGGAGAAGACAGAGAAAGAGGAGGAAAAGACAGAAGAAACGCAGCAGAAGGAAGAGGAAAAAGGAAAGAAAAGGGAGAAGGGAAAGGACAAAGGAAAGAAGGAGGACAAAGAGGAGAACAAGCCAAGUGAGGAGCAAGUGAAAGCGCCAAUUGCAGCUCCAGAGCCAGAACUAAAACUUGAGCUGGACACAGAACAGGCUGGAGAUCACCAGUCAGUAAGCAGCGCUGAGACACAGCCAGCUCCAGAGGAGCAAAAGGAAGAACCGGAGAUAAAGGAAGAACUGGAGAUAAAGAAAGAGCCCGAAGUAGAAGAAGAAAUAAAGGAGGGCAGAGAAAAGAAGAAGGAGCCAACAGAACAGCAGGAGGUGACCAAAGGAGAAGAAAAAACAACAGAGAAGACAAAGAAAGAGAAACCUCCAAAACAAAAGAAGACAGAAAAGAAGGCAGAGGAGGCUAAAGGCCCCAAACGUCCAAAAGCCAUGCAAUGCAAAGUCACCUUACUGGAUGACACUCUGUUUGAGUGUGAACUUGAUAAGCAUGCUAAAGGUCAGGAGCUUUUAACUAAAGUGUGUGACCAUGUCAACCUCCUGGAGAAGGAUUACUUUGGCCUGGCGAUCUGGGAAACCCCAACCGGCAAGACAUGGUUGGAACCCAUCAAAGAGAUCCGGAAACAGGUGUCAGGUGGCGUCUAUGAGUUUACAUUUAAUGUGAAGUUCUACCCUCCUGAUCCAGCACAACUUACAGAAGACCUCACCAGAUAUUUCCUGUGUCUCCAACUCAGGAAAGACAUUAUGCAAGGUGUUCUUCCUUGCUCCUUUGUCACACUGUCCCUGCUGGGCUCCUACACGGCCCAGUCUGAGCUGGGAGAAUAUGACCCGGAGGUUCACGGGACAGACUAUGUUAAAGAUCUGAACCUGGCACCCGGACAGAGCAAGGAGCUGGAGGAGAAAGUGAUGGAGCUGCACCGCACUUACAGGUCAAUGAGUCCAGCCCAAGCAGAUCUGCUGUUUCUGGAAAAUGCCAAGAAACUUGCAAUGUACGGCGUUGACCUGCACCAAGCCAAGGAUCUCGAUGGUGUUGACAUCACACUGGGUGUUUGCUCCAGUGGUCUGAUGGUUUACAAGGACAAGCUGAGGAUCAAUCGUUUCCCAUGGCCCAAAGUGCUUAAAAUUUCUUACAAACGGAGCAGCUUCUUUAUCAAAAUCAGAGCGUCAGAGCAAGAGCAGUACGAGAGCACCAUUGGCUUCAAGCUGCCCAACUACAAAGCCUCAAAGAAACUUUGGAAAGUUUGUGUUGAGCAUCACACUUUCUUCAGAGUUCCAUCAGUGGAGCCUCCAUCGUCCCGUCGUUUUCUUGCCUUGGGUUCCAAGUUCCGGUACAGCGGCCGUACUCAAGCCCAGACCCGGCAGGCGAGCUCCAUGAUCGACCGCCCAGCCCCUCGAUUCACACGCUCUGCAAGCAAGAGGCUGUCACGUAACUUGGACGGAGCUGGAGAUGAGACUCUCCAGUUUCUGCAGCUACUCUCUGCAUCAAGCAGAUCUGAGGCUGAUGAUUGGUCAUUGUUGAUAACAACACACAAAUCCCGGCCUUCUGUGGAAUUUCCAGCCAGAGGGGAGUCUGAGCAGACUUCCUCUCAGUCCAGGGAGGAAGAACAGUCUGUGACCUGGAAGGGCACUGAGACUGUAGAUGGUGGCUCUCAAAUUAUCAGUGAACAGCAACAUCAGCACCUAAAGGAAGGCGAGUGGUCUGACCUUCUGUAUCGUCAACCUUCUGUAGCCCCUGUCGAGACUUUUGAUUUUGUGGAACACCAAGCCAAACCCAGCUUUGGAUAUUCCUCCUCUCCGGAUCCUCUACAUAAACCUGCACCAUUCCAGCAGGAUGACUGGUUCCUAUACUUUGGUCGGUUCUUAUCCGAGUCUGAAGAAAAUAUUUUGUCCUCUCGUAAAAUCCAGUCCCAGAUCCGUUUGGAGGAGCUUGCCACAUCAGUGGUCAAACAAGAAGAGACUACUGAGCAAGUCAUUGAGAGACUGCAGAAGUCUGUGAUCUUGAUAGAUACAUUGACAGAGAUAGAAGAUCUGGAAGGGAAACUGAGGAAAGUGAGGGACUUGGAGGAAAGACUACAGGAAGCGGGUGAGGUGUCAGAGAGGAUCCAGAGAGUCAUUGAAGAGCAAUUGGGACAAGAAGAGGUUGAAAGGUUAAGAGCCGAAGAGGGGGAUUUGGAUCAUGUGGUUUUACAGAGAUUUAUGAAGAGGAUGGAGACAGAUGAGGAUGAAGUGGAUGAACUAGAAGAACAAAUUAAAGAUGUGUUUUUAAAAGGCUUGGUGCCCGAAGAGGAAAACGAGCUGAAUAAGUUAGAUGGAAGUUUGAGGACUAAGGUACAAGAGAUACAGAAGGAAUGGCAGGAAGAACAGCGAAAGUUUGACUCUUCAGAUGUUUCUGGGGCCACUUCUGUUGUGAUUCUGCAGAAGGUUGAACGCAGGGACGGGAAGAGGGUGAUGAUUGUGGAUGAGAGUGGGGAGUCAAAUGGGAUGUUGGAAAAACAGACCCAGAGAGAGGUUACAGAGAGGCGUCAUUUUGGAAAUCCAGUUCAGGAAGAAAAUGAGGAUGAAUGGUACCUGCUUUUUUACCGCCCUCCAGUUUUCAGCCCAUCAGAUGAGAGCACGUAUUUAAGAUCAGUGGUGAAGAGACAGGUAGGAGAAGAGGAAAUUAAGGAACAGCCAUGGAUCCUGCAACAACCAGCUCUUAUGGAAAGGGUGGAUGACUGGUUUGUGUUGCUAGCGGGGCCUCCAAGAGAAACCAAAUAUGUAGAAGCAGUAGCAAUGAAGGAAGCCCAGAUGGAUGAAGGGCAGUUUGUCUCUGUGGUUGAAGUUUCAGAAGAUUACAAGGUGGAAAUUGAAGAGAGACAGAUGAUACAAGAAACUCAAAGAGAAACCUGGAUAGAACGAGUAACAAUAAAGGAAGCCCAGAUGGAUGAAGGGCAGUUUGUCCCUGUGGUUGAAGUUUCAGAAGAUUACAAAGUAGUAGUUGAAGAGAGACAGAUUACCCAAGAGGCUCCAAGACAUCUUAAAGAAAUCCAGCCAGUGACUGAGAGGGAUGAUGACUGGUUUGUGUUACUGGACGUUCCUUCUAGACAAACUACAUAUGUAAAACCAGUGAGUCUACCAGGAGGUGUCUCCAAAUCCCAGAUUGAAGUUGUCCCAGCUGGUGAUGAGGGAGACAAAAGAGUUGAGAUUUUUGUAGAGGAUACUGAAAUAAAACAAAUACCAAGGCAAGCAGAAGAUGACUGGUUCAUUCUGCUUGAUCUUCCAGAUAGGGGAACAUCAUUUCUACAGCCAGCAUCAAUGCCUGAAUAUGUUCAGAUUCUUCCCAAAGAAAAGAAGGCAACUGUGACUGUCUCAGAGGCAAUAGAGACGACAAGGGAGGUUGUAGUUGUAGUUAUGGAGACUGUGACUCAGAAACAUGACAAGAAACUUCCAGAGCAGAUAAUGUUGUAUCCAGUGAGCAACCGAGAUGAUGAUUGGUAUCUGCUGCUUGACAUACCUCCCAAAGUAGAGUCUUAUAUUCCUCCAGUUUCUGUGCCAGAACCAGCUAAAAUCAGUCCAGUUGUUCCAGUUGAAGCAAAACGUGUAGACCAAAGAUUAUAUCCAGUUAGUCCACAGCCUUUCCAGCCUCUUCCAGAGGCAGAUGAUGACUGGCUCAUUCUGUUUGACAUUGUUGGUGACAAGCCAGUUAUCAUACCCACAGCUACCCCGGCUGAGGCUGUUCAAAAGAUGGCAAAGACGUCUGAAGUCGAGGCGAAAACUACAGAGAUUGCAGCAUACAAGGAAGUAAAAACCACAGAGAUUAAAACAUAUGAAGAAGUGAUAAUUAGUAGGCAAGACGGUACUCGUUCUCCUAAAAUUAGGCCAAGCCAACCCCCACCUCUGUCAAACAUGGAAGAAGAUGAUUGGGUUGUCUUGUUUGACAUUACUCAAGAAAAACCAAUACCUGCUUCUCCAGUUGCUGAGGUCCAAAGGGUUGUUAAGACACCUGUACCCGCUGAACCAAAACCAAAGUUCAUCAAGGAGGAUUUGAGGCCACCUGCUGUGACUGUGAUUAACCUGCCACAACCAACAUAUGAGGAUGAUGAUUGGUUUGAGCUGCUAGAUGUGGCAGCAAAAGUAUCAGUGACUGUGGAGCAACGUGACUUCCCCGUUCCUGAAGCGAAAACAGCCAAAACGUUUGUAGCCAAAGAAAAAAGAACACAGCAGAGUGUUACUAUUGUGGAUGAGACUUGGCACAAGAAAGAAGUAGUGAAGGGACGUCAGCCCCAAAUAGAAGUGGAAGACGAUUGGUUUAUUCUUCUGCAUCCAGCCCUAAAAACAUCAGUUGCUGCCCCUGAAAGCCUCAGGGUCCGAUCAGAGGUCAGAGUUCCAUCUGCUGUGGCCACAGAAAGGGUUGAAAUUUCUGAGAAGAAGCCACAGUUUGAAAUGCGGAUCCUCAAAGAAAGGCGUCCACUCAUACACACAGAUGUCACUGAUGACUGGUUUGUUCUGCUAGAUUUUGAUGCCAAAGAGUCAGUUGUGAGCACGCAGAGGGGCACACGUCCUGUCAGUGCUCCAGUCUUCUCUCAGGCCGCGCUGGCGGAUGCAGGGAUCCCCAUGGCUCCCUUCGACCAGCCCCAGACCUCCACUCCCAUAAAGACCAGCCGCCUGGAAGAAAGGAAGCUGGAAGUCACAGUAGAAGCUGCAGAGCCCUCAAAAAUAGAGGCAGUGUCUGAGGUCAAGUCAGCAGUGUCGAGGGAGCAGAGAGACGUAGAAUCUUCACUGAUAUCCACCAUCAAUGGGUACAUUCAGCAGGAGUCUGAGAGCGAGAGGACGAUCAUGGAAGGGGUGCAAAUGCGAAAGAAAAGAGCUAAGAAAAUUGAGGGUGACUCAAUUUAUAUCAGACAUAGCCUGUUAAUGCUGGAGGAGUUUGAUAAGCCUCAAGAGGACCUGCUCAAGCAUCACGCCAGCAUCAGUGAACUGAAGAGGAACUUCAUGGAGGCUGUGCCGGAGCCGAGGCAGAGUGAAUGGGACAAGCGCCUGUCCACGCACUCUCCGUUCCGUACCCUGGGCAUCAAUGGCCAGCCGCUGCCCAGUGCAGAUGGGAGUGUGUGCAUUAGUCCCAGUUGCAAAAGUUCAAAAACAAAAACUCUUCAUGGGGAAACCAGGAGUAAUUUCGAGGGGGCCGAGGUAUCCAGGCCCUCUGAGAGCCAUCAGAGUGAGCCUGAUGUUGUCGAAGGCCUCAGCGCUCCCGUUGAAGAGUCAUUGUGCGAUCAUGAAGAGGUUGUGGUUUUUGAGACUCUCCUGGUGCCGCUCGUAGAGGUUGAAAUGGCGCAACUGGCUCCCCCAGUUGAGUCCGACUGUAAAGCUUUAGAUAAGAUCCCGGAGGAAGAAGGAACAUGUCUCGUAGCGCCUGAGUGCUCCGGGGGGAUAGUUGGACCUUCCCCACCUUCCUUUUUCUGGAGUGAUGGUCCGAAGGUCAUACACUGCUCCCAGCCCCCUCUGGUGCAGACCCACACUGUCACCAUCACAGCUGUUUCCAACUCCCUGCCUGGUGACAUCUCCACCACAGAAGUUCCCAUCGUCCCAACCAAGACCUUCACCUAUGAGUCUUCAAAGAUGACAGAUGACGGUACAGAUGAGGACAAGGAUAGCUCUUUUUCCACUUCCAAGACCAUUUCCUCAGAGACGAGCAGCGGCACCACUGUCACCACUACUACCACUCAUAUCUCAAAGGUGGUGAAAAGUGGAUCCUCAGAGACACGGGUGGAGAAGAGAAUUGUCAUAACAGCAGACUCUGAUGUUGACCAAGAAAAGGAGAAACAUGGCGGAGCAUCAGCAUUGUAACAGAGCCCUUCCCUUAUCCAUUUAACUCACCACCUUCAACAUCCUUUAGACCGCGACACUCAACACACACAGUGACCAAGUCUGUUUGCGCACAACAGAAAAACCUCAGAAAUCUGCACCUAAAAGGACUGAUUAUGGAGUAGACUGUUCCUUGUAGAUUCUGUUUGUUUUCUAAGUUGAGCUCUUCACAGUAGGUAGGAACUGCUGAUCAAAUGCUUCAAUUAUCAUCCUGGGAUUUAGUGUGAACAUUUGAUUGGUUAAUAACCAGCCUUUUUUUCAGUUGAGUGAUGUCUGUUAUGUUUGCUUUAAAUGCUUUUAUUGUUUAAUAGUGGUUUUCUACAAAUGUAGAGUUUCAGUUCAGAAACCAUGAUUAGCAGUGAUUCCCUUGGUGCUACUUGGGGAAAACGUUAAGACGACAUUCAAGUGAACUCUUAUUUUUGUUGUUGUUUACUUGUCUAUUAAAUUCAGGAGAGAUUUUUUUAUUAUUAUUAUUGCUGAAAUGACAUACCUCACAUUUAAAACGUGAACAAAGAUAUUCUGUGCUCAAAUUUGGACAGGUUUGUUUGGCUUUGUUCACUGCUCAGGUACAAAAAGCGAGGUCCCAAAUCUUUGCUUCCCCAACCAGCGUGGAACCAGUAGCCUACACAUUCUUGUAAAGUUUGAACUAAAAUUGAUCUAUUUUCGAAUAUUUCUCUACUUUUUAAAAGUAUGCUUUUUAUAGUAUUUGUAAAAUAAAAUUGAGGUUUUUAAGUUAUUCAUAUCCAUCUGUUCAUUCGAUUUGUAGGUGACCAGUAAUUUAAAGAGCUGUUAUGCCUGAAUUAACCUGAAUAAUUCUUAUUCGUUUCCUCUUGUAGUACACCAAGUUUACCGGAUUUUUCAUCUUUUUACUAAGAAGUGCUCCCCAAGUCAUAUUUUGCUCAUUAUCAUAAGAGUCAUAAUUACUUUUAACAUACAGUGGCUUCUUUAAAAUGUAAACACAUCCGUAAAAGGACAGUUUUUGUUUUUUUUUGUCAAAAAUUGGUCUUUGUAAAACAGUUUUGAAAUUUUCUCCACACGUUGUGAACUUUAUCCUGUAUGUUCAACAGAAACAGGUUUUUUAAGAUGGAAAAAUGUGCAAAAAAAAUAAAAAUCCUGCAACAACCUGGUUAAGUAAGCAAGCCCACUCCUAAACUAAAGCUUUGUUGAAAGUUCUCUGAAUCAAGACAAAACAGGACUGCAGAAGUCGUGUUGAUCGACGAGAUGCACUGCGGACCUCCCGAGGUGCGUUCCUAUUUAGUCUGGACAUCAUUGAGAUUGGUGACAUGUCAAAAACACCCACUAACAACUUUUUGUAGCUCCUUCACUGUUACUUUCAGUCUUCCUAAUCCAUUUUUUUCCCCUCAUCAGCUUUAGGGAAAUGUCCAGUUUUAACAAGCCUGGUUUAUGUUCACUGGUGUGAACUCAAGAAUACAAGUUAUUAGUGUUCAUGGUCAUCCAACCAGGUCAUUUCAGAUGUUUUUGUUAUGUUUUUCUCCAAUAGCUUUUUGUUUUUCUCUUGAAUUGUACAGGAUAAAUGUCAAAUUGUGUGCUGAUAAAGGUUAGGAAAACCUAGCAAAUUUACCAAGGGUGUGUAAACUAUUCAGCCACUUUAUUUGGUCAAUGAAAUGUUUUUCUCACUUUGGUCUGCUUAUCUCAGGUUUUGAUGUUCUAUGUAAGACUACAGACCUCCUUAUGAUUGUAUAAGGGAUUGUCAUCAAUGUAUAUCCAUCUGUGUUGUAAAUGUACAUUCAUGUUCAGUCAUGUGAGGUCAAUGAAAAUGAAAACUUGUCUAUCACUAUUACCACACAUGUAAGAGAUGAAGGCAGCUGCCCGAGUGUACGUGGCUUUUUUUUUUUUUUUUUUUUUCUCACAGGAGCACAGGUUGUCUUUUUAUGUUCUGCUAUACAGUAAUUUAUUUGUAAAGUCGGAACUGUUUCAUGUGAUUUUGAUGUACUGUGGUGUUUUAAUGAGCUUUAAAGCUUCAGGUAGAGAUGUCAAUAUAUUGCUUUCAUUAUCAAACAAGUUUGUAAAGCCUUUUUAACCACAUAGUUUUGAAUAGAUUUGCACUCACUUGCUGUUUUCCUGUGCUUUUUCUAUAGAGAGGGAUGCUUGACUAACUUUUAGAGCACCUGCUUACUAACAUUUUCCCUUUUGUCCUAAAGUCCAAACAGAAUCUGUUCUCAUCAUAGCUUCAUGCAUUUAAAAAACACCCACAAUUUUUUUCAGGAUGAAAAAGUAGUAUUCCAUAUUAAGUAAAAGUAGAUUUUAGACAAAGAAACUAUUGUUGCUUUGUGAAUUCUCCCUGUCUUUUUAUGAAGAAAAAAAAAUAAAAUAUGCAUUUACUUGCA